AUGGUCUCAGCUCUUGGGUACCCUGCACUAGAGAGGCCGAUAGUCAGACCUCGCAUGGCCACACAGCUGGUUCCUCAUUUAAACCAGAAUGCCUGGAAUAACCUUGAGAAGUACAGCAGGAGCUUGGCAAGGAACAACAAGAACGUCUACGUCUGCACCGGACCCCUUUACCUGCCCAGGAUGGAGGCUGAUGGGAAGAUGUACGUCAAGUACCAGGUGAUUGGGAAGAACAACGUGGCUGUCCCCACCCAUUUCUUCAAGGUGCUCAUUCUGGAAAAGGAGAGCGGGGAGAUUGAGUUGCGCUCGUAUGUGAUGCCCAACAGCCCUGUGGAUGAGAAAAUCCCCCUGGAACGGUUCCUGGUUCCCAUCGAGAGCAUUGAGCGAGCCUCAGGGCUCCUCUUUGUCCCAAACAUCUUGAAGAGAACGAGUAACUUGAAGGCCAUCACAGCUGGCAACAAGCGUUGA